CUGAAAUCAGGGUGGCUGAAAACAUCAAGGGGACUGUAAAAUACACAGAAAAUCAACAUUGGGGGCUACAAAGGGAAGUGCUGAAAGAUAUCACCAAGAUGGAGGAGUGUGAGAGUCUGGACUCGGAGAUGACAGAGCUGCAGGAGGUUCAGAGUGAAGCUUCAGAAGCUAUCAGCCAGGACGAUGAAGACGAGGUGGAGGAACUGCGAAACAGUCUGCGAGAAGCUGUCCAGGACCCGUCUGUGAAGCCCCAACUGCAGUGCUUGAUGGUGGAUCAAUCGUUCUCCAUGGUAACUGUUCAGAGCGAGGACAGCGGUAUUGUUUGGGAGACGGCCUCCAGCCGCUGCUCUACCCCCUGGGCCUCUGAGACCAGCUCCAUCUCUGAAGCAUACAGCAUGGAUGGUUCUGGAGCCGCAGGAAAGAUCACCAUCGUCUUUGAUGAGGAGAAAAUAGUCCGAAGGAGGACGAGGUCUGGAGGAAGGAGCAGGCUGGGGGACAUGCUGAGCCGACCUGGUAGUUCAAGAUCGGCUUCAGUGCUGGGAGUGGAAAGGCCGGAGAUGGCAUGGGUUUCUCUUCCCAAUGUCAAACAGGAGAAAACCGAACAGAGCCAGGACUUGGAGGAAAUCAAAAACAAAGAUCAGCAGCUGUUUAGUUUGAUUUCAGAGGGUUAUGAGAUUCUCAACAUCAAAGUACCCUCCAAACUUCCCACUGUGGAUGAGGAGGAGAGCACAGAGUUGCUGGACAAUUUGUCUUAUUUGGACCAGACUCCAAAGAUCAAGUCCCGAAAAAACCAUGACUGGACACUGCAACAGAAUCAUGUCCGGCCAGAGGAGGGGGAAAUACUGGAUCUGCAAGAGCCCUCAAAGCCAAACUCUUCUAAGCCGUCAGCGGACACAGAGCUCAGACACACAGACACUCAGAAAGACAGUGAGGGCGACAUAGACUACUUUGAGAAGUUCACCCUGGUUGAUGUUGCGGUUCCUGGAGAACAAGCUCCAGAGCUGCAGGAGGAGGCAGAACAGCCUGCAGCUAAGCCCCAAGUAGAGGAGCAAAAGCCGGCUAAGGAGACAGCCACAGACAGCCCCUCUGCAUCAGAGGAGUCCUUUGUCUUUGUUACGGAUGUGGAUAUAGUUGGGGAACACCUGGAUCAGGUCUUCUACGGAGAAGGAGCUCCUGCUGAUGAUCUGCAGCGGAGCGAAGACGAUGAGGCAGAGGGUGGGAUGAGAAAGAGACGAGAGAGUCAGAGGUCUGUGAAGGAGAAAGGUUCAGUGUUGUUCGGGAGUGAAGACACCAUCCUCACGCCCAUUUUUAUCUCCCCUGGACCACCUAAGAUCAUUGAGCUCAUCCUGCUGGAGGAGCCCACCGCCAUGUCCUUCAUGUACUCGGACCUUUACGAGGAUGCUGUAGGCGACAGGAGGAAGAUUGAGGAGGAACACUCUGAGGCAGAGAGCGUUGCAUCUGAGAGGACUUAUAGAAGACGUUUGUCAGAUUCAGAGGAGGCGGACGGGUACCUGGAGAAGUAUACUUUGAAGGAUGAAAUUCCCAUAGUGGAGGUUCAGCCAGAGUCAGUGGAGGAUCAGAGGGAGGGGAGGAUGGUGUGGUCACAGAGUAGGUUUGACAUGACAGGAUGUCUAACAAGAGUAGUCAAAGAAGAAGACGAGGACAAGACAAAGGUAGAGGAAGCAAAGACAGAGGAGGUCAGUGUUGGAGAUAAAAGUGAAGAUUUACAAUCAGCAACAUUGGAAGAGAAAAGAGAAAUAGUUGCAGAAAAAGAGAGGGAGGAAAUACAACUAUCCUUGGUGACUGAAGAGCAGGCUGUCAGAGAAGCAUCAGAAGAAUCAACUGAGGAGUCUAAACUGGGAGAAGGUCAGAUGGAGGAUCAGGAGGUGAAACAUGAGGUAAAGGGGGAUCAGACCGGAUCAGACCGAUGCACUCAUGAAACACUCCCUGAAACUCAGCAGGUGGACAGUAAAGUAGAGAAAACAGAGGAGAGUGAGGAGCAUCAGAUAGAAGUGCCAGCAGAAACUAGCAUUAUAGAAACUGAGCAGCCAUGUCAGACACAAAAAGUGGUAGAAAAAACAGCUGAGGUGGUUGUGAAGGCCGCAGAGGAGACGGCUGCGGUAGCACCCGUAAGCAGUGAGAAGAGUUUGUCUGAGGACAGUAAGAUGGUGGCUGCUGAUGAGAAAGUAGAAACCGAGGCCCAAGCAGAAGUGAAAGAACCUGAGACUGAAAGACAGGAAAUACCAGCCCCUGCUGAGACAUCUCUGUGUGAGGAAAAAGAAGCAGCAGAAGUUGUUCCUGAGGAUGUUCCACCCGUAGAGGUCAUCACUGACUGUGACUCUGAAGUACACGCGUUAGUGGAGGUAACUGAGAAAGCAGUGGAUGACAAAGAGAUCCAAACUCAAGUUCAGAUUGAGCUUCAGGAGGUUCAAGCAGCAGCUUCUGAAGGAGAAGAAGACGCUCUAACAGAGGAAACUGCAGUUGAGAAGCAGUCGUCUGAAUUUAUUACUGAAGCUGAUCAGGAGUCAGAGCUUAAAGCAGAGAUUUCAGGUGAAGUAACCGAGCCUGCGAUGCCAGAAGAAGUCAAGACAGAUUCAGAGGGAAAACAGCAUGACAUACAUGAAUCCAACCAGCAUCAACAAGAGGAGUCAGUACCUGACAGUGAGCUGAUAACUGAAGCCAAAGCUAAAACACCCACAGAGGACACAGGGAGUGUUGCUCAGGAGAAGGUGAAUGUAGGUGAUGAGUUAAUCCUCCUUGUCCCCAAAGGACAAGCCAUAGAGAUGGACAUAGAGAUCAGUCAGACGUCAGAGAAGACGACAAGCGAUACAGGAGCUAUUUCAGAACCUGACAGCACAGGUGGACCUCUUAUAGCACCUGAAAUCACCACAACAUGCCCCCCAGAGACUCUUCAGGCCCCAAAUAAAGAAACAAUGACAGAGCCUCAAGUAAAACCAGAAGUUGCACUACAGGAUGACACACUACCCAGAAACAGGUUUGACAAUAGGUACUCUCCUCCAGCACCUGUGGAGGAGGCCAACGCAGAGGAGCAGAGGAUGGAUUUGGACUUUGAAGAAGACGAGGGCAUCUCUUCUCCUCUGAGGAGCUUUACUCCCCAGGAGGAUUUGUCCGGGAUACACAGAGAGGAUAUACAGUCAGAAACAGCCAAUGUAGAACAAAAGGUAGAAAUGCACAAAGUGGAAGAGGCCCCUGAAACAAGCGUCGUUCAAGAGGAUUCAAGUCUAGAGAUUGAUCUGCACAAAGAGGGUGUAGACCAGAAGAUGGAGCAAGAUGAGGCCGUUGCAGAGGCUCCAGAGGUGAUUGCUGAGGAGCUUGAAUAUGAGAUAAUAUCUAAACAGGAUGCUAUAGAGAUGCCAGAACCUGAAACACAGAGAGAUGCAGAGGAACCAAAACCUGAGUCUGGUCAGGAGAGAGAAGAGAGGAUGGAGAUGGAGGAGAAAGUAUUUGAUAUGUCCCCAGAUGAAGAGCUCAUUGAGGCAGACUAUGAAAUCAUCGAUGCAGAGGAGGAGAGUCAGGCCCGACUGGCUGCUGAGCUGCAGGGGAUGGACUGGUUCUGUCUCAACUGUGGAUGUCUGCUGUCAGAGGACGACUGCAGGUCCAGUGAGCAUCACAGGCACGAGGUGACGGCUGUGAACCAGGCCUAUGAUGAGACCAAGGAGAAGCUGAGUGGCUGGAUCUCAGAGCUUCAGGGGAGGUCAGAGAACAUCGAGGACCUGGUGUCUGAGAUUGAACUAGGCUACAACUCUGUAGAGGACCAGUGUGUGGAGAGCGAGGCGGCGAUGCAGGCGCAGAACGAGGAGAUGAUGGCUCUGGUGAUGGAGCAGUACAACAUCAUGUCUGUCAGCAUGGAAGAGGAGAAGAAGUCCAAACUGGAGCAGCUAUAUGACCAGAUUGUCUCCUUCCAGGAGAGCAUUGACUCCGCCAAGGCCACUCUGGAGACCACAGCCAGAGAGACGGAGACUGACGCGCGGUCACCUGAGGACAUUCAUGCAAGUCUCAAGGUAGCUCUGGACUCAGCCAUGUCACUAGAGCUGGGUCCCAAGGGCCUGCUGGUGUUCGAGGACUACGCCAAAGGCAACACCUCCAGCUCUAACCUUGCACAGCGCAAAGGAAUCCCAGUGCCUCAGAGGCCGACGCUGCAGCCUCAGGAGCCGGGCUCAGCCACCAGCACCAGCGUCACUGUUUACUGGAAGGUCAACCCUGGAGAUAUCAUAGACUGCUUCCAGGUCUACUGCAUGGAGGAUCCACAAGGAGCUGUGUCCGAGGAGUACCGCGUGACAGUGAAGGAGAGUUAUUGUGUCCUGGAGGAGCUGGAGCCUGACAAGACCUACAAGGUGUGGGUGAUGGCUGUCAACUAUACAGGCUGCUCUCUGCCCAGCGAGAGACUCGCCUUCAGAACUGCUCCAUCAGUGCCAGUGAUCGACACAGAGCGCUGUACUGUCAUGUGGGAUUCAGCCACGCUGCGGUGGAAUUCGGCAAAUCUGACUCCUGCACAGAGUUACACCCUGGAGUACUGUCGCCAGUAUGAACUGGAGGGAGAGGGGCUCAGGUCCAUCUCGGGUAUCAAACGCUGUGAACAGAGGGUUCUCCUGCAGCCCAAUGAGAAUUACCUGUUUUACAUUAAAGCUGUGAAUGACUCUGGAGCCAGCGAACAGAGCGAGGCUGCACUCAUUUCCAGCAAAGGAACAAGGUUCCACCUGCUGAAAGCCUCCGCUCACCCCGCUCUGGAGCUGUCAGGGGAUCAGUCCACCCUGCACUACUCUCAGGAUGCACAUGAAAACACAGCAUCGACAGACAAACAGUGUCCAUCCAUCCUGGGUGAGCUGUUGCCGGCACAAGGACGUUACUACUGGGAGACCCUCGUGUCAGGAAGCCCAGCCUACAGGCUUGGAGUGGCAUACAGCACAGCCAAUAGAAACAGCCCACUGGGAGAAAACAGCCUGUCAUGGUGUUUGCAGUGUAUCCCUACACCAUCAGGCUGCAGGUAUCAGCUGCUCCACCACGACGUUCAGUCCAGUGUGUUUGUGAUCGAGAUGCCUGAGCGAGUGGGUACUUUCCUGGAUUACCAGUUUGGUCGUCUAUCUUUCUACAAUGCCCAAAGUGGUCAGUUGUUAGGCACUUUCUGCCAGCGCUUCACCCAGCCGUGCCACCCGGCUCUGGCCCUGGAGAUGCCGGGCAGCCUGGAGGUCAGCAUGGUGCUGGAGGUGCCGGAGUUUACCAAGGACAGCUAGCUCUGUUAUCUGCCUCACACACUGAGGAGUUUACAGUUCAUGUUGGACAUAAUUGAGAAAUCUGCAGAUAUGACAGGACAUAAAAUAUACUGAUAUCCACAUUUAAGAAAGAAGACAUACUGGGUCCCAUUCUUCUAUGGGUUUGUGGUGAGAUCCAAUCUAAUCAAUACAGUGCAGGUCUUCUCUGAAUAACAGGAAAUCAAUUCAACAUUUAUCUCUUUUGUUAGCAGAAAUUAAAAUGUCUUGUAAAUACCAAAAACAGGCAGUGAAAAUGAAUAUUGACGUGUGAAAUGUAGUGCCAUUAAUCUUUUUCACAGGUGAGAGUCUUGUUUUGUAUUGUCAUGGAGAAGUGAAAUGUCGUGGGUAAUUUUGUAAGAUUGAUACAUAAUGAUAAUGUGAUUGUUUUGUACUGUUCUGUAAAUGUUCUAUAAUUUACUCAUGUUCAGAAUAUUGAAGUCAAACACUCACUGUACCGAGACACAAUAGUUAAAGCCUUUUGAAAGUUUAGACACUGAGAUUAUAGCUCCAACAUAAAUACUGUUGCACUUUCAAACUCUAUUUCAUAUUGUGCAUUUGUGUAAAUAACCUUUGUAAACACAUGUGAUCUAUUCUAUAUUUGUUAUGUGUGACCCGCUGCAAGAGGGAAUGAAUCGUUUUCCUUUCUUUGACUUGUAAACUGAUUUUCACGUCUGCGCGAAAUGAACAUGUUUAUUUUUCUAUUUGCUCAA